UGGCGAAGUGCUUAUCACACACCCAUUUUUUAAUGGUCAACGCUAUAAUAAAUUCUUAGUAAACCACGUAGGAGGGGAUCCCCGCUUGCGAAUUCCACUGAAUAUUUAAAUGCCAACACCUGUUUACACAAAAACUUGAUUUCUCAGUUGGGAGUUCAUUAUCUGAAGCCACCGACUAUAUAAUCUGGCACUUGUCUGAGGAUUAAUUAUUAUAAUAAUGGAUGUUUUUAAGCUUUCACUUUUCGUGGCUCUGUUUUGUGGGCUCCCCAAUCUGAACAUUGCUCAAAUCAGAGAUUGUUCUGGAGCUUGCAACUUACAGUUUCGCUGUGAUCCUUAUGCCAGAAAUCUUGUCUGGACAGUUUCGAAUGGUGUUUGUCGAGUUUUCCAAAACUCAUGUCAACUAGGAUCCCUGAACUGUCAACGGGAAAAUCAGUGCUUGCAACCUCUUGUUCCCAUAACUCAAGAUAAGUGCAUGAUCCAUUGCCCAAGUAUAUGCCCUAAUGGUGGACCACAAGUUUGUGCCUUUUUCGCUUACUUGGACAUUAAUGGUGCUAGAAGGGAUCGUCAAAUGACCUUACCUAAUCGGUGCCAUUUGGACCAUUAUGCCUGCAAAAAUUCUGAUGCACAUAUUGGUGAUCCCUCGAUUGGUCCAUGUCCUUAAAAAAUGAUGAAAUUGUGAUCUUUGAAAUACCUUAAUAUACAUUAUUCUUCUUUGACAACCUUUAAUAAUAUUUAUCAUGAGUUAUUCAAACACCAAUUCUGGUUUAUUUUUGAGCUCUCCUAUAUAUAACAGAUAUCUGUUAAAGGAACACUCAGAUAUAUUUCAUUAUUAUUACUGGUACCUUUAGUUCUCCUUAACUAAAACGGUUUUAUUGUGAAAUUUGUUGAGAUUGGUUCCCACGAGCCGAAGACAUAACACUUUCUACG